AUGGGUGCAUGUUUGAGCAAAAAGAACAAAACUUCUACUUCCUCACCCCCUCGUUCCACCAAAUCACUUUCCACACCCCCAAUUCAUCAACAAAAUUCUCAUAACAAUGUCAUAGAAACCCUUUCGAAACAAGAGAACAGAAACAACAACAUAGUUCAAGACAAACAACCAGACCCAGAAAUUCUUAAACAACACGAAGAAGAAUCUCAACCUAAAAAGGAGAUUUUUAUCAUCAAACACAGAAAAAGCCACGAUGAAAGAGAGCAAAACCCAACCAAAAUCAAUGAUGGGUUGGUUUCAUCUAGUGAAACAGAAUCAUUGAACAACAACAACAACAACAAUAGUAGUAGCAAUAACAAGGUUGGUGCUGUUGUUGUUGGUGUGAGAACUUCAAGCUGCACAAAAGAAGAAGUAGAUGCAAUUUUAAUCCAAUGUGGAAGACUUUCCAGAAGCUCUUCAGGAAAAGCUGCUUCUUCUUCAACCAGAAAAUAUUCUGGGUCAAAGAGAAGUUUCGAUUUUGAUCAUUCUGAAAACAAUGAUACAAUUUCAGCUGAAGAUGAACAGAGAAGAACAAAUCCAAGUGAUAACAGCGAGGAAAAUGACGGUGGUGCACGACACAACAACCGUCAACGCCACCGCAGUUCGCCUAAAGGUGGAAGAAGAAGAACACCAAGUAGAGAAAGAGAAAGAGAAAGAGAACAACGUUCGAGUAGUAGAGAAAGGAGAGUGAGUAGAUCUCCUGGAAGAAGAUCUUCUGAUGCAAAUACUGCUAAUGAAAGCAACAAUGCUGGUUCUGGUUCUGGUUCUAGGCCAGGGAAAAUGGUGACUGUUCCUGCUACUGUUUCAUCAUUGGUGAUGGAUAAAAGUAACAGUGGUGGUGGAGAAUCUGUGAAGAGAAAUAUUGCAUCACCACGUUCUAUGUCACCUGCUAGAGUGAAUGGAAAUGGAGUUAAUCAGAAUCAGCAGCAACCUUCUCUUAGCCGUAGUAACUCUGCGAGAAAGACUGAAGUUUCUCCUUUUAGAAGAAACCCUCUCAGUGAGGUUGAUCCUAAUUCACUUGCUUAUCCUCAAUCAAAUGGUAAUAAUGCUGGAAACAAAGUUCAGAACAAACACAAAAAGGAGAUUGAAGCUGAGACUAUUCAGAAGCCUAAGGCUGAAACAAGGGACAACACAAGAAACCGGACAAAUAGCAGAGGUACAUUAGAAAAGGGUGUGAUUAGUGUCACAAAGGACCAACAAGAGGAUGAAAUCAAAGUAAUGUCUGAUAAUGCUAUUGUGAAGAAUGUGGUGAUGCCAACCAGAAUAACAAGAAGCAGAUCAUCUAGAAGAUCAAGAGACUUAGACAACAUGAAUCCCGAAACUCUAACCAAUCCACCACCAGCAUCCUACACUUCAUUACUCCUAGAAGACAUUCAUAACUUCCAUCAAAAGACCACAACAACACAGCCUUCUGUUUCUCUUCCAGCUUGUCUCAACAAAGCCUGUUCUAUCCUUGAAGCUGUCGCGGAUCUCAACUCCACAACAAGUUCAACUUUCUCUAGAAACAAGUCCAAUGCUGUUCCUGAAUCAUCAUUCGUAGAAGAAUCCGAAGUUGUCGUGAGUGAUGAUGUAAUGGAACCAAGUUUGCAUAAGUAUGUUACUGUUAAGAGAGGUGGUUCAUUUUCACUUUGCGAGGAUCAAGAGUCUUCCGGAAGUAACAGCUUCAGUUUGAAUAGUGGUCAGCAACAACAACACUGGAACAAUUGUUCUUCUGACGAUUCGCCGGAUUGUUGGAGUUCGAGAUUGAUGAAAAGAAGAGAGUGUGAUCAUCAGCAUAGCGGUGGUAUUGGACGUGGAAGGCUUGCUACUACAUCUUCUUCAACAUAG